CCAGUCACUGUUCUGACAACGCACAGUCGACAUUCGACUCGUGAACGCGAAUAUUUUCCCGCUUAUAUUUCAAAACGCGAAUUCAUUUAGUGAAAAUUCGGUUUGAUACUGAUCGCAUUUUUAAGUACAAAUAUGCCUAAGAAGAAAUAGUUAUCCAGUGUUAUAAAUCGUUUUUUAUAUAGUUACAUAUACACUGAGCUGUGGAAACGUGUUGAUGACAUUGCUACAUACAUAACAGUGCCGUUUAAAUUAAUCUGUGAUAGUAUUUGGAAAACUGUGAACUAACCGUCUGUCUAUAUAACAUUUUCGUUUAGUUUCGUGAAGUUAUUUCGCGAAACGCUGUAACAAACGUUCUUUAUGAUAGGUCCAUAUAUGAAGUGUCAACAUUUUUAUCCCAAACAUUAUGAUUUACAAAUGGAUAUUAUGAUAAGAGUGAAGUGCUGUCAAGAAACUAAAAAUCCAAAGUGACGAAGUGUUUUGGUGUCUGUUUUGCUGCGUUCCGUUACUUAUGCUUUUCUCAUUAAACACUACAAACAAAAUGUCGGAUAAAACGUCAUCGUCUCUCGGUCCUAGAAGUAUCGAGACGAUUUCGGAGGAGGACGGUGAGUCGCCGUGGGAGAGAUUACUGGGAGAUGUUAAGGCUGUUCCAACUAUUAUAAAAACGAAUGCGUCAAGCACAACUAUUUGUAAGAGCGGUGACGAGGUGGCCAUACCAUCGGUUGGCGAUCUUGAAGCCAAUAAACUGACGCGGUCCAAGAGCCUCAAUCAAAGAAGAAACAGCAGUGGCCUUCUCAGUACAAUCCCUCGACAACUUCGACUUUCUCUCCGAGGCGUGCGUAGUGAACCUUCCAGUGUCAAAGAUGUACCGACAACUAGAAACGAUAGUGCUCUAAAUCUUUUUCUUCGAUACCGUCAAGCCCGCUAUGCAGCGAGACGCGUCCGUAAGCGCGUCAUCUUCAAACACGGAGACUGCAACGUCGUCCAAUGGAACGUCGCCAAGCGCAGACGCCGGUACCUUCAGGACAUAUUCACAACCCUCGUUGACGCACAAUGGCGCUGGACGCUGCUGGUGUUCGCUCUCUCCUUUAUCCUGUCUUGGCUGCUGUUCGCGCUUAUCUGGUGGCUGAUCAUCUUCACCCACGGGGAUCUUACCCCCCCGACUAAUAGCAACGAGACCUUUACCCCUUGCCUUAACAAUGUUAAUUCCUUCACCGGUUGCUUCCUCUUCUCUGUUGAAACCCAGCACACUAUUGGAUACGGAUCAAGAACCACUAAUGAGGAAUGUCCGGAGGCUAUUUUCGUUAUGUGUAUCCAGAGUAUUGUUGGAGUCUUUAUUCAAGCUUUCAUGGUAGGAAUCGUGUUCGCAAAAUUAUCUAGACCAAAAAAACGAGCUCAGACCCUGCUCUACUCCCGUAAUGCGGUCAUAUGCCUCCGAGACGGCCAACUUUGUCUCAUGUUCCGUGUUGGUGAUAUGAGGAAAUCUCAUAUAGUUGAAGCACAUAUUAGAGCGCAAUUAAUUCGCCGCAAGACAACAAGAGAAGGAGAGCUGCUGCCUUUUUAUCAGCAAGAGUUGAAGGUUGGUGCUGACGGUGAAGAAGAUAGGCUUAUGUUCAUCUGGCCUAUGACCAUAGUGCACAAAAUCAAUGAGCGUUCACCGCUGUAUAACUUAUCAGCCUCUGAUAUGUUGAAGGAGAAAUUUGAGAUCGUUGUUAUGUUGGAGGGUGUCAUAGAGUCGACUGGUAUGACAACUCAAGCUAGGAGCAGCUAUUUACCAUCCGAAAUCCUAUGGGGUCAUCGAUUUGAGACUAUGGUAUCAUUUAGGAAGGAAACCGGAGAGUAUGAGGUCGACUACACUCGCUUCAAUAACACCUACGAGGUCGACACGCCGCUAUGUUCUUCUAAACAGUUGGACGAAUUGCGCGCUACCGUAUCAACUUCACAGAAAUUAGAUCGUUUGUUAGGAACAAUACCAAAAACAUUCUCUAACGACACUUUAGACAUGAGCUCAGUGGAUUCCAUGUCUUUGGACGAACACAUAGAGAUAAAAAUACCAGAGGCCAGAGUUAGAGAGAAUCGUCUGAUGGCACAGAACAAUUUCAUACAGCAUAUAAAUGAAAAGUCGAGGAACAUUAGUCACACACAUCUAGCCGUUGAAAAUGAAAUUCCAAAGAACCAUUCUGUUAUAGCUAUGAAUAAUGUUAGAGAUAAGGAACACAUGAAUAGAAGUCAGAGUCAUUCUAAUAUGAAGAAAAUGCACGCGUCCACCAACGGCAUCACACCUAUGAUGAACGGUCACGAUAAGGUUGAAGCCAAAAUUAAAAAAUCCCCCAGCGACCACAAUAUGGAUAAGGUUCCAGUGAUACCCAUCCUAGUAACGUCCGCGGACAGUGAGGCUUGACGUUCAAAACAUCGAGUUCGAUUCAUUGAUUUACGUUGAAGUAGAUUUGUGAUAUCAUUCUAUAUAAAUAAGAAUUCAAAGUGUCCACGGAAACACGUCUUAAAAUACAGUCGCCCUUAACGUUUUUUAAAAGUUUCUCUCCUGGCGUCCGGCCAGAGUUUCCUAGAAUAACAACAAUUUACGUCUGAUAUAUCUUUAUCUAGAACCGUUCUUUGUUAUAUUACGAAAUUAACAAUUAUAUUAUAAAACACGUGAAACGUGAGCAAAAGUUCUAUACAAUGUUUCUAAACUUUUACACAAUAAAACAUUCCCAUUAACAACAUCCGAACGUCAAGUUUUCUUAUUUUCUAUCGAAUAUUUAUGCUUUUUUUAUAUGUAUUAGUAGAAUUUUAAUCGUCUCCGUACUUCGUCUGCUUCAACAGCUAGUGAUUACGAAACAGGGUUGUAUUUAAACCGAAUAUUUAUUGAAAUUUUCUAGUUGAAUUGGAAACGGUAAGUAGGUAUUGCCGGUGUCAAAAAAAAAAAUAACUUUUAGUGAAUUUUAUGAAAUACAAAGAUGUACUGUCUACAUUCAUUUUUUUUCUACGCUAUUAUCGGAUAUUCUUACUUUAUUUGAGCCUCUAACAUUAUAUCUUUCUGAACAUUGGAUAUUUAUAUCAAGCGACUAAAAUUAAAUUAAUUAAUUGUUACAACGAACUUUCGACUAAAAUUAACACUGAAAUUUAUAUUUAACAGUUGCAUUAUGUGUUGUGUAACUUUUAAAUGCUUUAUUAUCAUCACCUUGGCAGGGCCCCUGUGAAAUUUUUUGUACAAAAGGUUGUACACGUUUGUACAAAAGGUUGUACACGUUUGUACAAAAGGUUGUACACGUUUGUACAAAAGUUUGUACACAUAUAUUCGAGUGUGUACGUAUUGGGUGAAAUAUAUUAUAUUUUGUCCAAUUACGUAUAAAGUUGUGAUAAUUAAUUAAAAAAAAAUCGUCUUUAUGUUACGUUCAUUAGGAUUAGAGAAAAAUCCGUGUUUUUUUAAAUUUUAAUAUACAAUAAUUUGAAAAACUAUUUUAAAAUCAGGAAAUAUCCUUACUCAGGAUAUCGUUUUAUCAGCUUUUUAACUUUAUACAAACAUAUUGUAAUUGACUUGUCUUCCUGUUAGAUGCUUUUAUAAGUAUUUUUAACCGACCAUAGUUAAAAAUGAGAGGGCCAAAAAAUUUUAAAAGAAAAUUUAUAUAAAUUCGUUUGUAUUAGAAAUGUUUUCAGUGUCUUUAUGUAAUAUAUUGUAAAAUUAUUUACAUUGAAUGUAAGAAAAAAAGGGAUAAUGGAACUCUAAGGUCCAAAAUUUCUUUGAACAUGGCUGUUAUUAUAAGUAUUACUUUGAAGGAUGAAGUCAGGGGCCUCAACGGCGCGGGCGUCCGAGUAUUUAGUCAAAUAAAAAGCUUUUAAUCUCGCUCAUGAUUUAUGCGUAUUAGAAAAUAAAAAAAAAAUAUGCUAAUUGAAAAACUCAUAA